GUGCUGUGUUGUUUCGUGCCGUGCUGGCAGUACUGCGGCUGAGCAGCGGAGGAGGAGUUUGUAAGGAACACUUCCACUCGGAGAACGCUCAACUCAGAACGUAGAGGCUCAAUUUAGACGAAGGGUUCCGUUAUCAGACAAAAUGAUUUCGGGACCAAAGCCAUUCCACACACAGUUUUUGAGCUUUUAUACUGUCAUGAAUGAUGCGGUCGCCGUGUUUUCAUACUUUGGCCUUGUUUUUUUUCUUUUGUCCUCUGAUCGGACUGCCGCCUCCCCUGCCGUGAUAUAAAGCCCACUGUCAGACAGAAUGUGGUACAGAGGUGAUUUUGAAGAUGGACACGAAUCUAAUAAAACAGGCCCUGGAAACAGUAUGUGUGGUGGGCGCAGACACAGCACAGUGUCUGACAGUGGCGACACUGGCAUUGGCACUUACUACUCUGACAGCGUGGAAGACGAUUCCAGUUCCAGUACCACACCUUUGUCUUUCCAGCCACUCUCCCAACAUCACAUGGGCCAGGAUGAUGAUGUCAUCCCCAUUGUCCAUGUCAUGCCAUCCCCAGCCUCCUCACCCAACACCAGUUUUAGAAUACCAUCCUCGCCCAGCAGCACAAGUCCCUGGAGCAAGUCUUGCCAGCUGCUUACACCAGCCAUGUCUCACCUGGGUGCACCAAGCUGUCUGGACAUCAACCAUCAACCCAUCCGGAGGUGGUCCUCUCUCACUAAGUUGUCAUCUGGGGCUGAUAAGAGCUCCACUACAUCAGGAUAUCAGUACAGUCCAGAUUCGCAAGGCUCCUUGGACAGAGGUCUGCUAUAUGGAUACAGAAAGGAACCCCGUGGCUCAAAUGUGGACCUUUAUCUACCUUUAUCUUCCUCCUUGCUCUGCCAUAGCUUGCUGCAGCGCUCACCAGGUGCUGGACCCUGCUAUCGGUACAACCACAGCAGUAGAUCAACUGGUUUGGAAACAGGCCUGUCACUUUCCUCAGCAUUGUCCUCACCGGUAAAACACAACAGUUUGGACAUGAGCUAUAGUGUUUUACCAGAAGCUAAACUAGGUCGGGGAAGUGGACAGAUUUAUGGCCUCAGCUUACCCAAACAAGCAGACUCACCACUGGGUCAUCAGACUGACAGAGGCUCCCCAAUUCAACCUGCAGUUCGCACCCAGAUGUGGCUGACUGAGCAAAUGGAAUACAGGCCCAAAGCAGAGUGUGGAAGUGAAUUUGGUCAGAUCAGUUGUACUGGAAUAGAGGGCUGUGGUGGAGAUGGGUCUUCGUCAUGGCAACAGCAGGAACCAGGGGUUAAUCAGAUGCUGAUGGGGACCUCUCUUCCUGUCAACACUCUGGUGAAGGUUAAAGAGGGGUUACUGAGACAGAGAGAACUGGAGAUAGAUAGACAAAAGCAGCAGAUCUUGCAGCUCCAUGCCCGGAUCAGAGAGAAUGAGCUGAGAGCACAGCAGGUCCUGCAGAGCCAAAAAGGGAGGUUUGACAACCCUCAUAUCCUAAAUACUAAGGAGUCAGCAAUGAGAACGCCAUGCAAACAGCCAUCUGAUAGACUGUGUUGUGAUGAAGAACUUAGUAGGAAGCUAGCAGUGGCUGAACUGGAAGUACUCCAUCUGAAUGAACUAUUCAAGCAAGUCACACAAAAAUAUACAGAGGACAUCAGAAAACUGGAGGAAAAGAUAAAGACGAGGGAUCGAUACAUCAGUAGUCUAAAAAAGAAGUGUCAGAGAGAGAGCGAACAGAGCCAAGAAAAACAGCAACGUAUAGAGACACUGGAGAAAUACCUCUCUGACCUUCCAACGCUGGAUGAGGUGCAGGCCCAGACCCAGCAGCAGGAAGAAGUUAAGCAGAAAGCCAAGGAUCUGGAGAAAACAGUUUCCCAGUUACAGAAGAGCCUGGAGGAAGGAUGUGCUCUGAUGAAGGAGAAAGACAUCAGGCUUGAAAUGCAGGCCAAGAGGGAGACGGAGUUAAUUGCAUCUGUACACAGCCUGCAGCAGAAGGUGCAGCAGUGUUUGGAUGAUGGGGUGAGGUUGCCAAUGCAAGACCUGAAGCGACUUGAGGUAGAAAACACUCAACUUCUGGAGCAGCAGGACCAUAGUAGCAGGCUGAUUGAGCAUCAGAAGGAACAGAUUGAGAGACUGACUUUGCAACUAACGGCCACUAGUACAAGACUGCAAAAGAAAAGAGGCCUUUCUCAUCGACAACAGUCUCAUCAGGACGAGAGCAUGGUCACCCCAUCCAGAGCCUUCCCGCAGCCGCGGCAGGUGGAUGAAGGCUUGUUGGUGCAUCCUCUGUCCCAUGUGGAAAUGCCAGAAGUGGGCCGGCUGCUGAAGGAGAUGUCCCUGUGUCUACUGGACCUCCAGGCUCUCUGCAGCAUCCUGGCUCAGAGAGCGCAAGGGAAAGAGCCCAACCUGUCUCUGCUUCUGGGCAUGAAAUCAUUGAGUGUUUCAGCAGAGGAGAGUGACUGCAGAGCAGUGGCAGAGGAAGAACUGAGGUUCAAGCUGCUAGAGGUCGGCCAGCUAAGGAGAGAUAUCGAUGAGCUGAGGAAAAGCAUCUCAGACCGUUAUGCUCAGUAUAUGGGUGACAGCUGUGUCUCACAGUAACACCCAGCACCUUCCAGCUUGGAUGGCACUAUUUUAACCCAGUGUGUGUUUUAACUAUUUAUAUAGUGAAGUGGUUGACCUUCACAUUUGUUGCAGACUCAGUAGGACUGCAUCAGAGCUCACCCAAAGGGAAACACAGACCACAGUUUAGUGUGGAUGUAGGACUUGUUUUCUGUAUCACAGCAGUAUAACAGCAUUCACAGUGGCAAUGAUUCACAAACCAAACUCUCCUGGCUAACUGUGUUGCAACAAGAGUGAAACCAUCUUCAGCUUCUUUGAUCUCCUGGAGUCAACACAACUGAAGGAAAAUAUUUGGAGAGAAAUGAGGCAUUAGAACAGCCAUGUUUAGUUCUAAAGCGAUCUGUCUCUCUAAAGUGAUUUGUUGUGAUUAAGAAGCGAAAGAGCUGAAUCUAUCACUAACUGAAGAAACAUGUUUAUCGCUGCAUGGAUUGAUAUUUUUAUACUUAUAACAUGUUAAAUGACUCUUUGUAAUGUGAUUAACCCACAGACAAUUAGCUUCAACAGUGUAGUUUUCCUCAGCUUUUUGGAGCAUUUUAGCGGUAUACUAUAUCUGCCACAUGUGUAAAUUAGAAACUGUUGGCUUACACGUUCGACAUAACAACUUUAUAAGGUGAUAUCUCAGUGUUGUGUUCACAGCUUAUUGUGCUGGCCCCUGUUGACCCAAAAUAUCUGUUUUUAUAACUUAAUGGUUUAGAGAAAUAUUACAGGCUUGCAUAAUUUGCCUACCUGCCUAAAUAAACAGAGAAUGCUUCACACAUUCAGACAUAUUCAGAGUGGAACAAUAAUAAAUAUGCAGAACAAUUUGAAAAGACUGUAAGGCAAACUGUAUAAACACAUACUCAAACUGCAUAUUGAUGCAACCUUUGGAUCUCUCCAUACAUCAUGAAACUGAAAUGCAUAUCAGACUUCUGGAUGGAACUGUUAGAAACUCUUAUCUAUGUGAAUUUAAAAAAUCGUAAUAAGCAAUAUAAACUGUGCAGCUGUGCUGUUAAUCAGUCAUAGGACUCUUAAUUAAUGGGCAGAUGAAUAAUUGAAUAAUGAUUUCAUCAGGUGAUGUCACAACAAAACGAUUCAGGAGCUGCUCUAGGAGCAGUUAUUUGUACAGUCAGCAAGUUCUUUGGCAUCAUGUCAUGUAUUAUUUAUUAAUGUUGUGUCUGUCACUUUUUAAGUACUUAUUGUUUGUAGUUAGCUUUGAGUACAGUGAACUUUGCAGCCAAAGAAGCUGACACAGCAAACUGAAACAGCACAUGCACUUUUUGGUCGAUUUUGUCAAGUUGGAGAAUACCAAGCUUCAAACCAACAAUCAACAUUCUGUCUGCACGUUUUAACAGGUUUGUAAGAUUUAAGUGCUCCAACCAACUAUGAGGUCUCUGUGUGUUCAGUCCACCUGUGGAUGAUUUAUCAAGCCACUGGAUGGCUUGUUCUACUGUAUAAGAAUUUAUUCUUUGAUAUUCUUUUAGUUUUACUGCCACAAUCUAUGAAUGUCAAAGGUCUCUUUAUUUACAGUAAUGCACCUAAAAAAUGUGUUUGUUGACAGUACGGAGGUUUGAUCUUAUUUGUUCAGAUGGCGAAUAAAAUUAUUUUUCUAAAGAA